UCCUGCAGUCGUCGCUCCAGCGGCGCGGCGCCGGUGAAGAGCGCGGGUGCGGCCCUCAUUCCCGCGGCGGCAGCGGCUUGUUCUCAGGCUCGGGGCCUGUCAGGAGGCAGCGGCGGCGGGAGAGAGAGAGAGAGCGAGCUCGGCGGCGAGAUGAUGGCGGCCGUGCCGCCACCCCCACCGCCGCCGCCACCACCCCCACCUCCCGGACCGGGGACACCGGCGGUGGCGACGAAAACCGGCGAGGAGAAGAUGAAGGAGAUGGAGGCCGAGAUGGCGCUGUUUGAGCAGGAGGUCCUGGGUGCGCCGGUGUCCACCUCAGCCGUCACCGCUGUCCCGGAGACGGUCCCCGUGGCCAUGAUGCCAGUUCCUGUCGCACGGCCCAUCAUCGGAACCAACACGUAUCGGCAGGUCCAGCAAAGCCUGGAAGCCCGAGCAGCUGCUGCAGCCACGGUGAUGCCUCCGGUGCUGGGACCUCCCUCGCCGUUUGUCGGGCCCGCAAUGCCUCCACCAAGAGAGUCUCCAAUUGUUAGACCCGUCUUCGUUCCUCACGUUCUCCAGAGACCGGCCGGACCCCGGAUGCCUCCCAUGAGGCCACCCCCUCCCCCUCCGUUGAUGGGGCCGCCGAUGCGCACUCCUCCUCCCCUUCUGAUGGGCCAUCCCAUGGCCCCUCCGCCCCCAAUGGGACCGAUGCAUCCAGUGCGGUAUUCCAACGUAAAUCAGCUGCCCCCUCUGCUGCCAGUCCACCCCCCAGUGCUCCAGCCCAUGCCAAAAGCCAACCUGACCAUCAUUCAGGCAGCACCCACAGUCUACAGGCCCCCUGUGGUCAAGCCCAAAGAGGAGAUCCCUGAGCCCCAUGUGCCCACUGUCCUGGAGGAGAAGGAGCUGCCCACAGAGGACAACCUGAUUGGACCCACAUUACCGGAGGUGGAGCCUCCACACGUGGAGGUUGGGGAGGUGAUCCCUGAAGAUAAAAAGAAGAACAAACAGGAGAGGACGAAACGUUGUAUCCGGACAGCAGCCGGGAUUUCCUGGGAGGAUCCGAGCCUAUUGGAGUGGGAACACGAUGAUUUCCGAAUCUUCUGCGGGGAUCUAGGAAACGAGGUGAACGACGAUAUUCUGGGGCGGGCCUUCGGCAAGUACCAAUCCUUCCUGAAGGCGAAGGUGAUCAGGGACAAACGCACUGGCAAGACCAAGGGCUACGGCUUCGUCAGCUUCAAGGACCCCAACGAUUACGUGCGGGCAAUGAGGGAGAUGAACGGGAAGUACGUCGGGAGUCGGCCGAUUAAAUUGCGGAAGAGCAUGUGGCGGGACCGGAACCUGGACGUGGUGAGGAAGAAGCAGAAAGAGAAGAAGAAGCUGGGGCUGCGCUGAGCGACUGUGUGGGGCGGCGCAGAACCUUCCUGUUCUGUCCGGCCCCCUCCCCCCUCGCCAGCGCGGUGCUGCCAGGGGUGGCCUGAUGCCUGGGGUUGAGACAUCGGGCUCCCUGUUACCCCCUCCCCUCCCCGCGUUGUGUAUAAAUGCUGACAGCCCCCCUCCCCCCAACCCCUGAGUUUUCCUGCUCCGUGUCAGUGGGCAGCUCAGUGCCGAGCAGCUGAUGGACUUGUGUAACAAGGUGUUUUGAUGCAGGCACCUCUCGUCGUUUUGUGAAUUUACACGCGCGCGCACUCGUUUUCUCACACACACACACACACACACACACUGGCGGCUGGUUGUGCAGCAAUAGAUGGUUUUACUUCA